CCCUCAUUUGACGAUCUGCGCCUAUCUAUCGAGUGGUAUGGUGGCCCACUUCGACGCUCCUGAUCCUGAUUAUCCUCUUCCUCCUUUUAAUGAGAUACCAGAUGAUGAUGCUGACAAGCCGAAGGAGGCAUACAAGCUGACUGCGACGUUGAAUGGCUUCCCUGCGAUCAUCUUUGGCACUGCUACGUUUUCCCGUAUCUAUAACGAAGCUGAUCAUAUCUCCGGAGUGACACCCUUGCGAGCUGCUAGACUGGCUCUGCGCUAUGGUUUGAAUGUAUUCGAUACUUCGCCAUUCUAUGGGGAUUCCGAGAUCAUCCUCGGGAACGCUCUUCGAGCUUUGAGAGAUGAAUUCCCUCGGGAUUCGUAUACGUUGGUCACCAAAGUUGGCCGCUAUCCUGCCGGAUUCGAUUAUACCCCUGAGGCUAUCGAAAGUAGUAUCGCGCGCAGUCUUCGGCGCCUGCACACCAACUACCUCGACGUCGUAUACUUGCAUGAUGUCGAAUUCGUUGCGGACGAGAAGCUCCCUAGAAGAGAAGGAAACCAUGUUGCCGCUCUAGGGCAAGAGAAGGAACAAUAUGGGUUGAAUGAAAAUCAGGAGGGUGAGAUCUACACGGACAAGGACCACAAGAUUUUGUCAGCUGUCAAGAAGCUUUUUGAGCUGCGAGAUGACAGAGGCGUCAUCAAGCGCGUUGGGAUCAGCGGCUUCCCACUUCCGACCCUCUUACGUCUCGCAAUUCUCAUCCAGAGACGCCUCGGGAAACCAGUGGACCUCGUGAUGUCCUACUGCCACCUCACCCUCCAGAAUAGCACCCUCGAGCAAUUCAAAUCCGCAUUCGGGCCACGCGCAGGAGUGAAACAAGUUAUCACUGCCUCGCCGAUCGCCAUGGCUCUCUUGCGGCCUUCGCCUGUUCAGGUGCACCCAGCGCCACUCGAGAUCAGGGAGGCUGCGAAGAGGGCUGUACAACUCAGUGAGGAGUGGGAUGCGUCUGGGACUGGUCUCCCCGACUUGGCGCUGCAGUAUACGUUUGCACGGGCGAGGGAGAUUGGGGUGCCUGUCGCGGUGGGGCUUAGCACACUUGAGGAGGUCCAUACGAGUCUAAAGGCUUGGCAUGAGGUGGAUGCUGAGGGGUUAGCGACGAAGGAGGAAUGGGUUACUCGGGUUCAGAGCGUGCAGAACUUGUUCAGGGAUGUACAAAGGCUGGACUACUCUUGGGCGACACCUUGAUUUAAGUUGGUGAAGGUGGGCAGGCAUGUACAAUUAAGUUUGCGAGAACAGUCAAGGAA